UGUUUUUAAAUGAGGCCCUAAGUUUGAAAUACAAACUCCACUUAUGGCUUCUGGAGUUUUCUGGGGCCCAGCCUAUUCUGUUUUUCAGCCUUCCAGGGGCAAGGGAGGCCAGCAUGUUCGGCUGUGGGUUGUCGCUUUUCCUUUUCCUCUCGGUGACAGCUGUCCUGAAUCCUCCCGGUCUCCGCGGGUCAGGCAGGAAGUGUGCCUGGCCUGCGGGAGUACAGCGUGGACUCGCAGGACACCGUGCGCUGCGUGCAGCACAAGCACGAGCUGACACCCUCUCCCCGGAACUGAGGUCCCUUGUGGGUCACCUCAUUAGCAUAAACUCUGGUGCCGUCCAGAGGCUCCUUAUGAAUAACAACAGACGUUCCUACCAGUCGGGAAUUGGGAAUUUCGAAGCUGGGUGCCAGGAGCGGGGGACAGACCAGAUGUGUCCCCUGUAUCACACCUCCUUCUGUGCCCUUCUGAGCCUGCUGCCUGCUGUCCCCCAGCCCGGAGCGUUCUUCACCUGCUGCAAGGUCAGGCUCCACACCAUCCCUCCUGCCCAGGAGGGACGUUGCCGCCUGUGCGGAGCGCACACCCUGCCGCCUGGCCCCCGGGCCCUCCCGUGUGAGCCCCAGCGUCCCCUGUGGCACUGGCUGCACUUACCUGCGGCUCCUUGCUGCUGCUGGGCCUGGAGCACCUGUUCCCGCCGCUCACCUGCCUGCGCCACCUUCCCCCGAGGUGUGGCCCGAUCCCCUCGGUCUGUGCCGCCGAGUGUCCUGUCCUCCGCACCUGACUGCCCUGUCAGCCCUGCUCAUAGUCCGCUUGGUGGUCUAGGCCGCGGGGGAGCAGCAGAAGCCCCAGAAGUAUGGCGGUGGCUUCGGUAGCAAGCGCGGUUGGAGUGCGUUGUGCCCUCUGGCAGUUGCCGGCGGGGGUCUUGUACAAGAACUUGGUCAAUACUGACUGAAGCGGUUAUGAUUC